CUGGGCUUGCUCUCUAACGUUGCCUCCCAGAAUUGAUGCCCUCGGCCGUGCCGGCUAAGGUCAUUGGCUCCAGACAAGGAGGCACGGCGUAUACCGAGCGUUCCGCUGUCCGUGUCAUCGUCACGUCGUCCGACGGUGGCGAUAGCCGUGUGGUUCUCGUUAAGGCGCGCAAGGAGAACUACUACAAGCUGCCUGGUGGCGGUGUCGAUGAAGGGGAAGAUUACCAGAAAGCUGCCGAACGGGAAGUACUCGAGGAGACCGGUUUUCACGUCUCGGUGGAGGGCGAGUACUUCGCUACGACGGAGGAAUUUCGGAACGAUCUUCACCAGAUCUCGUACUGCUACCGAGCCCGCUUGCUCGACGAGGCCGGGAAGCCAAAUUUGACCGAGGAGGAGCUGGCUGAUGGGCUCAGCCACGAGUGGGUCCCUGUAGAAAACGCCCUACAGAUAAUGUUGAGCGUGGAGCCAACUUCUGAGCUGGGGCUUUACAUCAAGGAGAGGGACAUGUUCCUCCUAGCUGAGGCUCUCAGAUCUAAUUGAUCCUAGGAGAGGAUGGAUAUAUAUAAGAAAGCAACAGCGUCGUAGCCAGCGUGGAAUUCACCGACGCUCAAAAAUGCGCGCCUC